GCACGGCGGGCCGGUCCGUGCUGCGGGCUGCCGCACGCCGCCUCGGCGCCGCGGGCGGGAAGUUCCCCGCCGGGAAGUUUGUGGCCGAGGAGAGGCCGCCGGGGGCCCGCGGAGGCGCCAUGCCCCCGAAGAGGUGCGGAAGAAGCAAACUACCCACUCCUCUGCCAGAAGGCAUGAUCCUGAAAGACACGGAAGGAAAAUCUUGGAGGUUGGGCAGUCAGAUCGGCCAGGGAGGAUUUGGCUUAAUCUAUUUAGCUUCCCCUCAAACUCAUGUUCCUGUAGAAGAUGAUGCUGUGCAUGUAAUUAAAGUGGAGUACCUUGAAAACGGCCCCUUGUUUUCUGAACUGAAAUUUUACCAGAGGGCUGCAAAACAAGAGCAUAUAAGAAAAUGGAUGAAUCUCAAAAAAAUAAAAUGUUUAGGAAUUCCAGUGUUUUGGGGAUCAGGCUUGGCUGAACACAAAGGGAAAAGCUAUAGAUUCAUGGUUAUGGAGAGACUGGGGGAAGACCUUCAAAGCAUCUUUGAAGAUUCUGGGAGUAGGUUUAAGAAGGAGACUGUUCUGCAACUUGGGGCACGAAUGUUGGAUGCUUUGGAGUAUAUACAUGAAAAUGAGUAUGUUCACGGUGACAUUAAAGCAGCAAAUCUGCUUUUGGGCUAUACCAACCCGCAUGAGGUUUAUCUUGCAGAUUAUGGACUUUCCUACAGAUAUUGUCCCAAUGGGAACCACAAACAGUAUCAAGAAAAUCCUAGGAAGGGCCAUAAUGGGACAAUAGAGUUUACCAGCUUAGAUGCCCACAAGGGAGUAGCCCCAUCUAGACGAGGUGACCUUGAAAUCCUUGGCUACUGCAUGCUGCAGUGGUUAUGUGGGAAACUACCCUGGGAACAGAACCUGAAGGACCCUGUAGCUGUCCAGACUGCGAAAACGAAACUUAUGGAUGAGCUCCCACAUUCAGUGAUGGAAUGGGAUUCUUCUGGAAGCAAAUGUAGUAAGUGUGCUUACAGUGAAACAGCCAAGUUUCUGGCAUGUGUUUAUGGUUUAGCUUAUGAUGAAAAGCCAAAGUAUCGAGAGCUAAAAAAAAUCCUGCUGGAUGGACUCGCGUCAAGUGGAACUCACUACGAUGGCCCGCUGGAAUUUACUGCUGCAGGAUGCACCCUAAAUCACUGUGCUUCUAAAGCGUCAAAACAGGUCCGCUCACGAAAGCCUGUGCCAAAACCAGUUCAACAGAAGCAAGAAAGGAUGGAAAGUGAAGAAUAUGUCUGUCCGAACAAAACCUGUACAGGUGUAACACGCAGACAACUCCAAGAUGAAGAAAAGCCAAUUAAAUUAAACACAACACUUCAUCGAAGAGAGCCUCAGCAGACAGAAUCGCUAUCUGUAUAUCAACAGGUUCAUAUACCAAAGCCUUCGCUGAAACCAGUAGAACAGAAGCUAAACAAGAUGAAAGAUGACAACUUUAACUGCCUAAGCAGGCCCCAUGCUCGGGUACCACGCCGACAAUUCCAGGCUGAAGAGAAGCCAAUUAAAUCGAACACCAUGAUUCAGCGGCCUGAACUACAGAAGGGAGACACUGGAAGAGAUCUACCACAAUUCCACUCUCAGGAAGUAUUCUGGGAAGCCAAAAAGACACAAGAUCAACACUUAACUACAGAUAAUCUAGUUUCUUUGCAAGACACUGGAUUUGACAUUAAUAGUUCUCAUACAUUCUCUAGAUUUAGGCUUGCAUUUCCUAGAGAAAUAUACUGCUACAGUAUAUGUAUACUUGUACUUCUGUUACUAAUACUACUUUCCUUGAAUUUUCUUUGAUGCAACUGCUUCAAAUGUCUUCAGUUUGCAGUGGUGUUCAUAUCAAGCUGGGUUUUUUUUUUUUUUUCAGAGUUUCUUCAUUGAAGACUUCAGUGUAAGGGGCUUGGAAAAGAUUUUUAUAUUACUGUAAAUACAUAUCUUUUAAAAGCAAAUUCUAUUAAACUUUCGAAAUUACACUGAGUAAGAUACAUAUGCCGUAAACUUUCUAUUACACUAUUUUGUAAGUGGUGGGAUUCUUUGGGGAUUCUUUCCCCGCCCCCACCCCCCCGCCCCCCUUUUUUGGGAAACUUUUUUAGUCCUUUGCUAUAG